GGAUAUGGCCUCGGCCACUGUGGCAGCAGCGACGCGGGGCCUUGGCCGGGUACCCCCGCUCCUCUGGCGCGGCUACCAGACCGAGCGGGGCGUCUACGGCUAUCGGCCGAGGAAGGCGGAGAGCCGGGAGCCCAAGGCCGGCCUGGUGCGCCCGACAGUUGAUCACAGCCUUGCCAGAUUGGUGACAGUAUAUCGUGAACAUGGUCAUAAAGCUGCGAAAAUCAACCCCCUCUUUACUGGACAAGCCCUGCUGGAGAACGUGUCUGAAAUCCAAAAUCUUGUGCAGACCCUUCAAGGACCCUUUAAUACCACAGGAUUAUUGAACAUGGGGAAGGAAGAGGCCUCUCUUGAGGAAGUAUUAGCCUAUCUCAACCAAAUCUACUGUGGAGAAAUUUCUAUUGAAACCUCCCAACUUCAGAGCCAGGAGGAGAAAGACUGGUUUGCCAGGCGAUUUGAGGAGCUGAAAAAGGAGACGUUUACCACAGAAGAGCGAAAACAUCUGUCAAAACUAAUGUUAGAAUCUCAGGAGUUUGACCACUUUUUGGCCACCAAAUUUGCCACUGUGAAGCGAUAUGGAGGCGAAGGGGCUGAAAGCAUGAUGGGCUUUUUCCAUGAGCUGUUGAAAAUGUCAGCCUACAGUGGAGUAACUGAUGUUAUUAUUGGGAUGCCCCAUAGGGGGAGACUUAAUUUAUUGACAGGCCUCCUGCAGUUCCCUCCAGAGCUGAUGUUCCGUAAAAUGCGAGGCUUAAGUGAAUUUCCAGAAAAUUUCUCAGCUGUUGGAGAUGUCCUGUCUCACCUGACCUCCUCUGUUGACCUGGACUUUGGUGCAUACCGUCCGCUCCAUGUGAUAAUGCUACCUAACCCCUCACACCUCGAAGCUGUUAACCCUGUGGCUGUCGGGAAAACUCGCGGAAGGCAGCAGUCUCGACAGGAUGGGGACUACUCUCCAGACAGUUCAGCUCAGCCUGGGGACAAAGUCAUUUGUUUACAGGUUCAUGGUGAUGCUUCCUUCUGUGGUCAAGGGAUUGUUCCGGAAACUUUUACACUCUCCAACCUUCCACAUUUCAGAAUUGGUGGGAGUGUCCAUUUGAUUGUCAAUAACCAGCUGGGUUACACCACUCCAGCAGAGAGAGGAAGGUCAUCCCUAUACUGUAGUGAUAUCGGGAAGCUUGUAGGCUGUGCCAUCAUCCAUGUCAAUGGAGACAGCCCAGAGGAAGUGGUCCGUGCCACACGACUAGCUUUUGAAUACCAGCGCCAGUUCCGCAAGGAUGUGAUUAUUGAUUUGUUAUGCUACAGGCAGUGGGGCCACAAUGAGCUCGAUGAACCUUUUUUUACCAACCCAGUCAUGUACAAAAUCAUCAGAGCCCGAAAAACCAUCCCAGACACAUAUGCAGAACAUCUUAUUGCCACUGGCCUCAUGACCCAGGAAGAGGUGUCUGAAAUAAAAGCUUCCUACUAUGCAAAGUUAAAUGACCAUUUAACUAACACGGCCCACUAUAGCCCUCCUGCCACUAACCUGCAGGCCCACUGGCAGGGCCUGGUCCAGCCGGAAGCUUGCAUUACUACCUGGAGCACAGGUGUGCCCAUAGACCUCCUGCGGUUUAUUGGUGCAAAGUCUGUGGAGGUACCAGAGGAACUCCAGAUGCAUAGUCACCUUCUAAAGAUGUAUGCUCAGUCCAGAAUGGAGAAAGUGAUGGAUGGAACAAAGUUAGACUGGGCCACAGCGGAAGCUCUUUCCUUGGGCUCAUUACUUGCUCAAGGUUUUAAUGUCCGCCUGAGUGGCCAAGAUGUUGGCCGUGGAACUUUUAGUCAAAGGCAUGCAAUGAUUGUUUGCCAGAAGACUGAUGACACCUAUAUCCCUCUGAACCAUAUGGAUCCUAAUCAGAAGGGGUUUCUAGAGGUCAGCAACAGCCCCCUGUCAGAAGAGGCUGUCCUGGGAUUUGAAUAUGGGAUGAGCAUUGAAAGUCCUAAAUUACUGCCCCUCUGGGAGGCUCAGUUUGGCGAUUUCUUCAAUGGUGCCCAGAUCAUCUUUGACACGUUCAUCUCUGGAGGAGAGGCCAAGUGGCUCCUACAAAGCGGCAUUGUUAUUCUCCUUCCACAUGGCUAUGACGGGGCUGGCCCAGAGCACUCAUCCUGCCGAAUAGAGCGUUUCUUGCAGAUGUGUGACAGUGCAGAAGAGGGAGUGGAUGGAGAUACAGUGAACAUGUUUGUGGUACACCCAACUACUCCUGCACAGUAUUUCCACUUACUUAGAAGACAAAUGAUCCGGAACUUCAGAAAACCCCUCAUCGUCGCUUCUCCUAAGAUGUUACUCAGAUUCCCUGCAGCUGUGUCAACUCUCCAAGAAAUGGCACCAGGAACAACUUUCAAACCAGUGAUUGGUGAUUCAUCUGUGGAUCCAAAAAAUGUUAAGAGACUAGUGUUUUGCUGUGGCAAACAUUUCUAUGCCUUGCUGAAGCAAAGAGAAUCUUUAGGGGCCAAGAAGCAUGACUUUGCCAUCAUCCGAAUAGAGGAACUGUGCCCUUUCCCAUUGGAUUCAUUACAACAAGAGAUGAGCAAAUACACACAUGUUAAAGAUUUUAUUUGGAGUCAGGAGGAGCCUCAGAACAUGGGUCCAUGGUUUUUCGUUUCUCCAAGGUUUGAAAAACAACUGGCCUGCAAGCUCCGUCUUGUAAGCCGACCCCCUUUGCCAGUACCCGCGGUAGGAAUUGGCACAGUUCACUUGCAGCAACAAGAAGAUGUUCUCACCAAGACCUUUGCUUGAUGAUGUUGUUUGAAGAAAUACUACUUCCUUUUUAGA